GAGGGGGCCGGAGAUGGUAGCGGCGGCAGCCGCGGCUCUUCCGACAUGAGGCAGCGGCUGCUGGAGGGACGGUGGUGGGCGCGGCCGCGGCGGCAUCUCUAGCUCCAGGAGGCGGCCCCGGGGCGUGGGCGCGGGCGGCGGGCGUCCCGGCAACGUCGCGGGAGCCCGGCUCUGCGGCAGCGCCCGCACCGCGCCCGACCGAGGGGCCAGCGCCCGCCGCUCCCAGAGGUCGGCCCGGCAGCCCGGCCGGCGCAUCGUCGGCCCCAGGCGGGAGCGGCGGCGCGCUCGGCUUGGGAAGCAGGCCCCGCUAGACGGGUGGCUCUGACGGGGGCGGCCGCCAGUCGCGGGUCCCGCAAACUCCCGGGCCAGGCGACGCCCUACCCCCACGCCCAACGUCGAGGGCAAACACGGCUCCUAGCGCGGAGGGCGACCGCCCGGGGGCGCGGGACGGAGUCCGCCGAGCUCGCGGCGCCGGGGCCGGGACGGACGUCCGCAGCCCCGGGUCCGUCCGCGCGUCGUCUUUGACGCAUCGGAGCGCCGUUUUCUGCAGGAUGAAGGGCUUCUCGCCGCCGGCAGAGUUGUUUUUGCGCAAGCGGCUCGCAGUGCUGAGAGUGCUCAAGGUCUGAACUUCCCUCCAGAGCUGCAGUUGGAGCAGGCGGGCGUGCGAGGAACAGCAGCCGCGCCGAGCGGAGGCCACCUUCGGGGUGAGCCGCGCGCCGCCGGGCCGAAGGCGGCCAAGCUCCGGGACCCCCGGUGUUCUAGGUACUGGCGACCCCGGCCAGGGAAGCCGCGGGUGCUCAGCAACAUGGCUUCCCCGCCCCACCAGCAGCUGCUGCACCACCACAGCACCGAGGUGACCUGUGACUCCAGCGGAGACAGCAACAGCGUACGGGUCAAGAUCAACCCCAAGCAGCUGUCCUCCAGCCACCCCAAACACUGCAAGUAUAGCAUCUCCUCCAGCUGUAGCAGCUCCGGGGACUCCGGGGGGGUCCCCCGGAGAGUGGGCGGCGGAGGCCGCCUGCGUAGGCAGAAGAAGCUGCCCCAGCUGUUCGAGAGGGCCUCCAGCCGGUGGUGGGACCCCAAGUUCGACUCGGUGAACCUGGAGGAGGCCUGCCUGGAACGCUGCUUCCCGCAGACCCAGCGCCGGUUCCGGUAUGCGCUCUUCUACAUCGGCUUUGCCUGCCUUCUCUGGAGCAUUUAUUUUGCUGUCCACAUGAAAUCCAAACUUACUGUUAUGGUAGCCCCUGCGCUGUGCUUCCUCGUGGUGUGUGUGGGCUUUUUUCUGUUUACCUUCACCAAGCUGUAUGCCCGGCAUUACGCGUGGACGUCAUUGGCUCUUACCCUGCUGGUGUUUUCCCUGACCCUGGCCGCGCAGUUUCAGGUUUUGACACCUCUCUCAGGACGCGUUGACAGCUCCAAUCAUACUCGCGCAGCCAAGCCCACAGACACUUGCUUAUCUCAAGUGGGGAGCUUUUCCAUGUGCAUUGAAGUGCUCUUUUUGCUCUACACAGUCAUGCACUUACCUUUGUACUUGAGCUUGUUUUUGGGGGUGGCCUAUUCUGUUCUUUUUGAGACCUUUGGCUAUCAUUUCCGAGAUGAAGAUUGUUUUCCCUGGCCAGCGGCUGGGGCCCUGCACUGGGAGCUGCUGAGCAGGGCCCUGCUCCAUGGCUGCGUCCAUGCCAUCGGCAUCCACCUAUUCAUCAUGUCUCAGGUGAGGUCCAGGAGCACCUUCCUCAAGGUGGGACAGUCGAUUAUGCACGGGAAAGAUCUGGAAGUGGAAAAAGCCCUCAAAGAGAGGAUGAUCCAUUCUGUUAUGCCAAGAAUCAUAGCUGAUGACUUAAUGAGACAGGGGGAUGAAGAGAGCGAGAAUUCUGCCAAGAGGCAUGCCACCUCAAGCCCCAAGAACAGGAAGAAAAAGUCUUCCAUACAGAAAGCUCCUAUAGCAUUCCGCCCUUUUAAGAUGCAACAGAUUGAAGAAGUCAGUAUUUUAUUUGCAGAUAUUGUGGGCUUCACUAAGAUGAGCGCCAACAAGUCUGCUCAUGCUCUGGUGGGUCUCUUGAAUGAUCUGUUUGGUCGCUUUGACCGGCUGUGUGAAGAGACUAAGUGUGAGAAAAUCAGCACUCUGGGAGACUGUUACUAUUGCGUGGCAGGGUGUCCAGAGCCCCGGGCAGACCAUGCCUACUGCUGCAUUGAAAUGGGCUUAGGCAUGAUAAAGGCCAUCGAGCAGUUCUGCCAGGAGAAGAAAGAAAUGGUAAACAUGCGCGUAGGGGUUCACACGGGGACCGUAUUGUGUGGCAUAUUGGGCAUGAGGAGAUUUAAAUUUGAUGUGUGGUCCAAUGAUGUGAACUUGGCCAACCUCAUGGAGCAGCUGGGAGUGGCUGGCAAGGUUCACAUUUCUGAGGCCACUGCAAAGUACUUAGACGACCGGUACGAAAUGGAAGAUGGGAAAGUUAUUGAACGCCUUGGCCAGAGCGUGGUUGCUGACCAGUUGAAAGGUUUGAAGACAUACCUGAUAUCGGGUCAGAGAGCCAAGGAGUCUCGCUGCAGCUGUGCAGAGGCCUUGCUUUCUGGCUUUGAGGUCAUUGACGGCUCACAGGUGUCCUCAGGCCCUAGGGGACAGGGGACAGCAUCGUCAGGGAGUGCCAGUGACCUGGCGCAGACUGUCAGAACCUUUGAUAAACUUAAGACCUGCCCUUCAUGUGGAAUCACAUUUGCUCCCAAAUCGGAAGCUGGUGCAGAAGGAGGAGCCAUCCAAAAUGGGUGUCAAGAUGAGCAUAAAAACAGCACCAAGGUAACAAGCUCAUGGCUGUUGUUCCUGUCAGUUCCUCUCCUGGCGCAUCCACCUAAGGCUUCUGGAGGACCUAAUUCUAAAACUCAAAAUGGACUUCUGAGCCCUCCCCAAGAGGAGAAGCUCACCAACAGUCAGACCUCUCUAUGUGAGAUCUUACAGGAAAAGGGAAGAUGGGCAGGGGUGAGCUUGGACCAGUCGGCUCUCCUUCCACUGAGAUUCAAGAACAUCCGGGAGAAAACUGAUGCCCAUUUUGUGGACGUCAUCAAAGAAGACAGCCUGAUGAAAGAUUAUUUUUUUAAGCCGCCCAUUAAUCAAUUCAGCCUGAACUUCCUGGAUCAGGAGCUAGAGCGAUCCUACAGGGCCAGCUAUCAAGAAGAGGUUAUAAAGAAUUCUCCUGUGAAGACCUUUGCCAGUGCCACCUUCAGCUCCCUUCUGGAUGUGUUUUUGUCGACAACAGUGUUUCUCAUUCUCUCCAUCACCUGCUUCCUGAAGUAUGGGGCUGCUGCUGCGCCUCCCCCUCCUGCCGCCCUAGCAGUCUUUGGCGCCGCCCUGCUGCUAGAGAUGCUGUCCCUCGUGGUGUCCAUCAGGAUGGUGUUUUUCCUGGAGGAUGUCAUGGCCUGCACCAAGCGCCUGCUGGAGUGGAUCUCAGGCUGGCUCCCGCGCCACUGCAUCGGAGCCAUCCUAGUGUCACUGCCGGCACUUGCUGUCUACUCUCACGUCACCUCCGAGUUUGAGACAAACAUACAUUUCUCCACGUUCACUGGCUCAGCUGCGCUGAUCGCCGUGGUGCACUACUGCAACUUCUGCCAGCUCAGCUCCUGGAUGCGGUCUUCCCUUGCCACUGUCGUGGGGGCCGGGCCACUGCUUCUGCUCUACGUCUCCCUGUGCCCAGACAGUUCCAUGGUAACUUCACCCCUUGAUGCACUACAGAAUUUCAGCUCCGGGAGGAAUCCGUGCAAUAGCUCCUUGCCACGUGACCUCAGGAGGCCAGCCAGCCUGAUCGGCCAGGAGGUGAUCCUUGUCUUCUUCCUCCUGCUCUUGUUGGUCUGGUUCCUGAACCGAGAAUUCGAAGUCAGCUACCGCCUCCACUACCACGGGGAUGUGGAAGCAGAUCUUCACCGCACCAAGAUCCAGAGCAUGAGGGAUCAGGCCGACUGGCUGCUGCGGAACAUCAUCCCCUACCAUGUCGCCGAGCAGCUGAAGGUGUCCCAGACCUACUCCAAGAACCACGACAGUGGAGGCGUGAUCUUUGCCAGCAUCGUCAACUUCGGUGAGUUCUACGAGGAAAACUACGAAGGAGGCAAGGAGUGCUACCGGGUGCUCAACGAGCUCAUCGGGGACUUUGAUGAGCUCCUGAGCAAGCCAGACUACAGCAACGUUGAGAAGAUCAAGACCAUCGGAGCCACGUACAUGGCGGCGUCGGGGCUGAACACCUCCCAGGCCCAGGAUGGCAGCCACCCACAGGAGCACCUGCAGAUCCUGUUUGAGUUCGCAAAGGAGAUGAUGCGUGUGGUUGACGACUUUAACAACAACAUGCUGUGGUUCAACUUUAAGCUCAGAGUUGGCUUCAACCACGGGCCCCUCACGGCCGGGGUCAUCGGCACCACCAAGCUGCUGUAUGACAUCUGGGGAGACACCGUCAAUAUCGCCAGCAGGAUGGACACCACCGGUGUCGAGUGCCGCAUCCAGGUGAGUGAGGAGAGCUACCGCGUCUUAAGCAAGAUGGGCUAUGAAUUUGACUACAGGGGAACGGUGAACGUCAAGGGAAAAGGCCAGAUGAAGACCUACCUUUACCCAAAGUGCACGGACAAUGGGGUCGUGCCGCAGCACCAGCUGUCCAUCUCCCCGGACAUCCGCGUUCAGGUGGAUGGCAGCAUCGGACGGUCUCCCACAGACGAGAUUGCCAACCUGGUGCCUUCUGUCCAGUAUCCGGACAAGACAUCUCUGGGCUCUGACAACAGCAUGGUCCAGGCCAAGGACACUUACCUGUCUUCUAAGAGACCCUGGAAGGAGUCCCUCAAAGCUGAAGAAAAGUGUCAGUUUGUCCAAACCAUAGAGAAAAAUGACUGUGAAGAAAUGGGAAUGGAAGAAGCCAAUGAACUCACCAAGCUCAACGUCUCAAAGAGUGUGUGAGCUGCCCGAGGUGCUCUGCUCGUGGAAACACAGUAAUACUUGUAACAGGCUGUUGUGCUUUCUCAGCACCACAGUCUCCAUCCCUGAACAUGAUGUUAUGUGGUCAUUUCAGCCCUAACUUCUGUGUGGAUCACAGUUAUUCAGGGUUCAUUUUCAUCCAUUUCUUUCCCUUUCAUCCCUUCCCUGGACAUUCCCCCUUGGGGUGAUCCGCUCAGCAUAUGAGGAGAACAAGUGCCUUCAGGGCUCGGCCUUGGCCUCGAUCUAGGGACAGAGGCCACCAGUGGAAAUCACGGCUUUGGUUAUUAUUUGACAUUUAAAACAAAAGCUGUGGUUGAGAUAUCAUUUUCAUUGCUUUUUCUCAUAAGACACUUAUUUCCGGGGCAGGAGGUCACUAAUGCAAUGUUUUUUAUUUUUUUCCCUGUAUCCUUAUAAUAGUGUCUCCCACUUACCUGCCCUUUCUACUUAAGCACAUAUACGCACACACUUUCAUUUCUGAAUCUGAUAUAAAGUGCCAGUAAUUCAGCGAGAGGGGGUGUAAGUUGGGAGCAUGGGCACCUGCGCCUUUCUGGGCACCUAGGCCCUGGCGGGCUAUGGGUAGACCAGGUUCCCUAUGCCAGGGGGCUUCAGGGGUUCCACCACGUGUAGGCCAAGUUGCAGAUGCUAACUGGGCACAAAGCCUGUGCACCCAGGCCUCAGGUAUCUCAGAGCUGCUCAUCCUGACCUUUCGCCCAGGGGUCUUCCAAUCGGGGAUGAAGGUGUUUGUUUCAGAAGCUGACGCAUCUGAGGAGAAACUCCAAAUAAAUGUCUGAGG